AUGACGGUGAUUAUGUCUCUGAGGAAACGAAAUUGCCUGAUUGUGUUCGCGAUUGUUGUGUCCGUACCUUUUUGCUUGUUUGUGUUUUUGUCCGUGCCAGACGUGACCUCGGAGCAGAUCCUGGCCCAGCGACUAGCCGAGCUCCAGGUGCGCAUCCAGUACCUCGACUCCAUGUACAGGUCCAGGCAAGAGGACCUCCAGCAGAUGUCACAGCACCUCGACCAAGCCUACCUCUCCGACAACAGCUCCACCCUGCUGCCCUACCAAGCGGAGCUGCGGUCCGAAGUCAGACAGCUUCUGAAGAACAUGACUGGGCUGCACGCGGCAUCGGGGGUCAAUCCUCCAGUAACUCUCAGGCUACCAUCAGCCUACCACUUCCUGCCUCACCUGUUGGACGAUCCGAAUAGCCUCCGGCUGGGGUACUGGCUGUCGAGGAACAGGAACGGGGUGUCCGUGGUGCUGGGGGUGCCUACGGUGAGAAGGGAGAAGCAGAGCUACCUCAUCGAUACGCUGCAGAACCUGGUGGAGGGAUUGAGUGUGGAGGAGGCGGAGGAUUCGCUCAUUGUUGUGUUUGUUGGUGAGACAGACUUGGAAUAUGUUCUACAGAUUGCCAAAGACAUAGAAAUGAAGUUCCCGAUUCAAGUGGACUCUGGAUUGAUCGAAGUGAUUUCACCUUCUCCUGGAUAUUACCCGAACAUGAACAAGCUCUACAUCACCCUGGGGGAUUCGCUAGAACGCGUUCAAUGGCGUUCGAAGCAGAAUUUGGAUUUUGCCUUCCUAAUGUCGUAUUGUCAACCAAAAGGUACAUUUUACGUUCAACUGGAAGAUGAUAUUCUUGCCAAACCAUCGUAUGUGAAUUUGAUGAAGAAGUUUGCAAUCGACAAGAUCGCCAAGAAGGAACCAUGGCUCGUGUUAGACUUUUGUCAGCUUGGUUUCAUAGGAAAAAUGUUCAAAAGUGCAGAGUUACCAUGGCUGAUUCAAUUUUUCCAAAUGUUCUACAACGAUAAACCUGUAGAUUGGCUGUUAGAUUAUUUGAUUUCGACGAAGAUAUGCAACUGGGAGAAAAACGAUAACUGCAAAAUGGAAAAAGCUAAAGUGUGGAUACAUUACAAGCCAUCUCUAUUUCAACACAUAGGAACACAUUCGUCACUGAAAGGAAAAGUGCAGAAAUUGAAGGAUAAGCAGUUUGGCAAGAUCGCUCUUUUUUUUCCGCACGUUAACCCAAAAGCUGAAGUCAUCUCCGAUAUCAAACACUACAAACAGUACACCCUGAGGCGUGCCUACCUGGGAGAGACCUUCUUUUGGGGGCUACUGCCCCAACCAGGCGAUCAGCUGACUUUCAAGUUCAAAACUUCCAUCAACAUCAGAAGGUUCUACUUCAGGAGUGGUAAUGCGGAACAUCCAUCUGAUAAAUUCUACAACACCACCGUAGAAGUGCUGCCAGAGGCGGGAAUCGGCCAAAGCAACAAUUCUCCGAACAUGACAAGUGAUGGCUAUAUCAUCGUGGGAAGAUUUGACACUACUGGAAUUGCUACAGGAGUACCAGACGAGAAUAUUGGUAAAGUUAAAGUUUUGCGACUGAACGUUCACAGCGAAAGUGAUAAUUGGGCAAUUUUAAGUGAGAUUCAUAUACAGGACGAAGUGACAGCUAGGUGA